UUGAUUUCCUUCAUUUUCGCGAAAUACCGCGACGGUCACACUUGUGCAAAUUGGAUACCACGAAUUUCGUGAAUUCUUCUUUAUUGGUUUGGUUUUUUGUGUAAAACUUUGUGUUAAAACGCGUAAACACCUGUGAUAAGUGGCUGCGCCUGUCCACCGGCACCACUAAAGGCCACGAGAGUAGGUGCAGCACCACUGACAUCCCACUUGCAGUCACUUCGCAUCGCCCGCUCCCCCCUUUCGGGAUUUAUCCAUUUAAAAUUGAGGAAUUCCAAGAAGAUAAACUGCCGGGAAAAUGGUGGACGCCGCCAGGCAAAUGCUCGACGAGCUGAUGGGCAGGAAUCGAAACCUUCAUCCUUCAGAGGCGGGCGCCAAGGUCAAUUGGGAGGACCCUGAGUUUUGUCAAUUUUACAACGUCAAGUUCUGCCCGCAUGACCUGUUUAUAAAUACCCGCGCGGAUCUGGGUCCAUGUGCGCGGAUCCACGACGAGGAGGCUCGCCAUCUCUACGAGGAGGCGCGCCCCUCGCAAAGGAAGCGCCAGUACGAGGACGAGUUCCUGCGCUUCUGCAAUGUGAUGCUGCACGAUGUGGAUCGAAAGAUUCAAAAGGGCAAGCAGCGACUGCUGUUAAUGCAACGAGAUCAGCCCAAUACUCCCGCUCCGCUGACCAGACACCAGGAGCAGCUGGCCAAUCUGAACGCCAGGAUCAACAAACUGCUGUCGGAGGCCGAAGAAGCGGGCAUUCGCGGAGACGUGGACCAGGCGCAGGACCUGAUGACCCUCUGCGAGGAGCUCAAGGAGGAGAAAGAGCAGCUGGUGCAGCAGCACGAGGCCAAUCACAAGGCCAUCAGCAGCAUCAGCUUGAACAGAUCGCCAGAAGACGAGCUGCGCAGCAGUCCCGGCACAAAUCCCAGCGAGGAAACCUCAACGAUUACUCUAGCCGCUGCUCCAAGCUCCGCAGCCCCGGCAGCAGCGGCAGCAGCAGCAGCAGCAGCUAACCCUCCGGCGGAGGAAGGCGGCGAAGGAUCUGCGGCGGCAAGUGGAGAGGACAAGUCGGAGAAGGCGGCCGAAAACAAGGCGACCGGCUGGGCGCACGACUCGCUGCCCGAGAAACAGAUGAAGGUCUGCGAGAUCUGCGGCGCCUUCCUGAUCGUUGGCGAUGCCCAGCAGCGGAUCGAGGACCAUCUGAUGGGCAAACAGCAUCUGGGCUACUCCAAACUCCGCAACGCGGUGGCCGAGAUCAACGAUGCGCGGCAGAAGGAACGCGAACAGGAGGAACGACGUCGGCGGGAUGGCCGAGGCCAGCGCUUCCACUACUACGAGAACAGACGUGAGCCACGCAGCGAGUACCGGGAGCGAAGUCGCGACUAUGUUCAAAAUCGCCAGCCCUCGGAUCGGCGUCACCAUCACCAUAAGUCGCACCACAGCUCCCAUCACUCGUAUUCGCGAAGUGGCAGCGGGGCCGGAGGAAGCGGAGGCAAUGGCGGUGGCGGUGGCGGUGGCAACCGGAGCAACCGGAGCCAUCACAACCACAAUCACUACCGCCACGAGAGCCGCGAACGGCAUUGCCGCAGUCGGAGUCGCAGCCGCUACUAGAGACCAAAAACAAACACACCGAAAAACCAAGUGAAAACAACAAAAAACACCACAAGUAAACGACGCAUAGAAGCUUAAGCAGAAAGUCAGGAUCAGUUACCGAUAUCCCCAAAAAGAAACACAACUAAAUACGAUCAACGCUAGACAGCCUCUCGCCCAUGUAAUCUGCAAUCUUCUGUCCAAUGUGUUCACAAAUCCGCAAUCCGUAAGCAGCAGCUGCCGCGGCGAAAGGCGGCAGCCACGAGGUAUCCAAAAAAAAAAAAAAAAAAAAAAAUCAUUAACACAAUUUCCAAAAUAAUAUGUAUAAAAAAAAAAGAACAGUUUAAAGAAACAGUAUCUGAGCUGUCCAGAAACUGGGGCACUGAGGAGCUGCCAUCUGGAACCGGAACCCAGAAGUGUGUUGAUAGAAUGAAGGGGAUGUGUUUGUUGUAAGGAGAGGCGGAGAUAUAUAUACUAUAUACUAUAUAUAGAUAUAUAUGUAUAGAAAGAAGAACCAACCAGGUAACUUCUAUGCCACAACUCCCCACAUAAAUGUUUCUUCACGACAGACAAGGCGGCUUCCCAUGAGCAAUCCUAAAUCCGAGAAUCCAUACUCCAAACUCCAUACUCCAGAAACCACAACGAUCUUCAAUCGGCGAUCAACGAACGAUCAGUGAUCGGAGAAAGAGAGAGAGAAGAGUGAAAGAGAUGGCAGAAAGAGAUACUCGUGUAGAACUGUAUUAUAGGCAUAAUACAAAACGAGGUGAAUUUCAAUUUCUCUCAUCUACUUAUAACUAUAUUAUAUACAAAUUUAUAUAUAACUCCACUAUCCAUUGCUCCACCCAUCCGAUCCCAUGCGAUCCAUCUGAAUAUCGAGAUCAAAAUUGAAAUCGCGCGAGUUGUCAGUUAAAUAUUGAACCAAUUAAACCUUAAACCAACCAACCAAACCCUACACAUUUAUGAAUGUCUGUAUGGGCCGCUUUAGUUUCUUGUUCUCGCAGGCUGAGCUCCAUUUUCCGCCUUUCUGCCUUCACUUGGCCUCUAAAAAUGCCUCCCCAUCCCAGAUCCCAUCCACUAAUCCAUCACCCCACCCUCCACCAUCCCAACCUUCUUGGUGUUAACCAAUCACCUAGCCAAUUAAUCAAUCGAAUUAAAUUCCUAUCGGGCAAGCAAGAGUUAAACAAGUUACGAAUGCAGAAUUAAGUUUAGUGUAACCAAUCAAUAAAAUUUGAUCGAUCGCCUGUAGUCAUGUAAAGAUGUUUUUAAUUAUGAAUUACCGUAUGAGUAAGGAUAUAACAUUCUAUUGAGAGACUCGCAAUAAUUUUUUAAUAAAAAUCAAAGUAAUUUCCCAAAAAGAAA